AUGAAUUUCUCCCCAUCCCUCAGCAGCGUGCACCGGCGAAACGCAGUCUUCCACCCCUUUCGUCAGUCUGCCCUGGAGACGACUUGUAAACUCGGUGUGGAUACCUACCCGCGUGUCCAUCUGCUCCGACAGAUGAGACCGGUCCCUUCUUUCGCAUGGCUGCAGGCGAUUUGCAUAACUGUACCACACAGGGCACUGCCUCCGGCUGGCAAGGGAAAGGGGCGAACCACAGAAGCGAUAACAACAGAAAAGAAGAUCACUCGUUUUCGUCACCGGACAACAAUCGGCCAACAGGUCAACCCAACAGCUUGGGUAGGCGAAUGUCUGAAGAUUGGCUGCUACUCGCCAGUCGGCUAG